CACACACACACACACCAACUUCCACUGCUUUUCUCCCAAAGGUGCCAUCUUUCCUCUCCUCUCAGCCCAUUAAGCUGACCUUCAGUUGCCACCUCUCUCUUGGCCUUGGCUCCCCCCACCCCCGCUGGCACCUGCCUGGGGCCUGGGGCAGGACACAUGUGGAACAGGUUGAUGCUGUUCUCCCAGAAGUGGAGCAGGAGGGGUGGGGUCACUGGGGCAGGCCUACAUCCUUCCCUCCACAGACACAUAAAGCAGCAGCCUGUCCUGGUGAGGGACAGUCACUCUCUCGACUUACAGACCAAGUGAGCCCCGGGCCCUCACCCCGGACCCAGCUGCCCGACAGGACCUAGCACCACUCGCUGAGACAAUGACCAUGUUUGAAAAUGUCACCCGGGCCCUGACCAGACAGCUAAACCCUCGAGGGGAUCUGACACCCCUGGACAGCCUCAUAGACUUCAAGCGCUUCCACCCCUUCUGCCUGGUGCUGAGGAAACGGAAGAGCACGCUCUUCUGGGGCGCCCGGUACCUGCGCACCGACUACACCCUCCUGGAUGUGCUGGAACCCGGCAGCUGCCCCUCAAAUCCAACAGACUCUGGGAACUUUGCCUUUAAGAAUAUGCUGGAUGCCCGAGUGGAGGGACAGGUGGAUGUGCCAAGGACAGUCAAGGUGACGGGGACUGCGGGGCUGUCUCAGAACAGCACCUUGGAGGUCCAGACACUCAGUGUGGCUCCCAAGGCCCUGGAGACCUUGCACCAGGAGAGGAAGCUGGAAGCAGAGCACCCGUUCCUGAAAGAGAUGCGAGAUCGAGGGGAAAACCUGUAUGUGGUGAUGGAGGUGGUGGAGACUGUGCAGGAGGUCACUCUAGAGAGGGCCGGCAAGGCAGAGGGCGUCUUCUCCCUCCCUUUCUUCGCCCCACUGGGGCUACAGGGAUCCAUCAACCACAAGGAGGCGGUAACCAUCCCCAAGGGCUGCAUCCUGGCCUUUCGAGUGAGACAGCUGAUGGUCAAAGGGGAGAAUGAGUGGGAGAUCCCACAUAUCUGCAAUGAUAACAUGCAGACCUUCCCUCCUGGAGGAAAGCCAGAAGAGGAGAAGCUCAUCCUCAUCCAGGCAUCCGAUGUUGGGGAGAUGCAUGAAGACUUCAAGACACUAAAAGAAGAGAUUCAACGAGAGACCCAAGAAGUGGAGAAGCUGAGCCACGUGGGACAAAGCUCCUUGCUCGCGGCCCUCAGCAAACUUCUAGGAAAGAAAAAGGAGCUACAAGACCUGGAGCUCACGCUUGAAGGGGCUCUAGACAAAGGACAUGAAGUGACGCUGGAGGCGCUCCCAAAAGAUGUCCUGGUAUCCAAGGAGGUGAUGGGCGCCAUCCUCUACUUCCUUGGAGCCCUAACAGAGUUAAGUGAAGCCCAACAGAAGCUGCUGGUGAAAUCCAUGGAGAAGAAGAUCCUGCCUGUGCAACUAAAACUUGUGGAGAGCACAAUGGAACAGAAUUUCCUGCAGGACAAAGAGGGUGUUUUUCCCCUGCAAUCUAACCUGCUCUCCUCCCUUGGGGAAGAAGAACUGAUCCUCACAGAGGCCCUCGUGGGCCUGAGCGGCCUGGAGGUGCAGAGAUCGGGCCCCCAGUACACGUGGGACCCAGACACCCUCCCCCACCUCUGUGCCCUUUACGCUGGCCUCUCCUUCCUGCAGCUGCUGACCAAGGCCUCCUAACUUGCCUUUUCCAUCUGCUUCCUGCUUCCCUAAUGCCUCCCCCGCCUCACUGUGCUAUGUCCUUAACAUCCAAGGGCAUUUCAUAGCCACCAGGCUGAGGAUGAUGGAAACCCUAGCUGAUCCCCCACGAUAACCAAUUUCCACUUGACCAACCCUAUCUCCUCCUGCCCCUGUAGCGCUGCUACCCGCUGAGCCCAUCCGCUGAUGCUUAAGUCCUCUGAGAGUAGAAACACAAUUUUAAAAAUUAUAAACCAUUUCAGCAAAACCAAAAUUAAUUAAUUUCCUAUCCCAAUCCC